UCUUUAUACCUGCUACCCAUCUGCCUUUCCAACCCUCCUCCGGGAAGCCCUCCUUGAUUAACCUGCUCACUAUAAAGCUUCCUUCUCAUCUUGUUGGAGCCUCCUGCUCUCAAAUCCUCUGCUUUUUUACAUUCUCCAGAUAUUCUAAAAGUUAUUUCUCCCAUGUCUGGGUCAGGGUCCUUUCCCAGUUCAAUGCCCCUUUCUUUUUCUUCUGUGUCUGCCCCUGCCCCCCACUUCAUUUCUGCAAGCAGCCAGGAGGAGGUGUCUAGGAAGGCUUUUUCUUCUAAGCACCUGACCCCUUGCUUCUCCUCAGCUCAGAGAACAGGAAGACAAGGACAAAAUGUCGCAGACUCUGAUGGAAUGCAGCGUGGAGACCAUCAUCAACAUUUUCCAUCAGUACUCCACGCGCCUGGGGCACCCAGACCGACUGAACCAGAGAGAAUUCAGCCAGAUGGUGAAGAAGGAGCUGCCUAAUUUCCUCAAGAAGGAGAGGAGGAAUGAAGCAGCCAUUAGGGACAUCCUGGAGGACCUGGACACCAGCGGAGACAAGGACCUGAGCUUCGAGGAGUUCAUCACCCUGGUGGGCAGGCUGACGGAGGCCUCCCACGAGGAGAUGCACAAGAACACCCCCAAGGGGCACGGCCACACCCACGGGCCAGGCUUCGGGGGGUCUGGCCCCAACCCCUGCAAAACCCAGGGUGGCAACCAGGGUGGCAACCACGGCCACAGCCAUGACCACGGCCACGGCCACGGCCACAGCCAUGAUGGCCACGGCCACAGCCACUAAUCAGGAGGCAGGCCACCCUGUCCCUGCCAAUCCAGGGCCCCAGGCUGUGUGCACACAGCUGAGGCGGUGGCCUGAGCUGCAGGGCUGGGGUUGAGAUGAAUAAAGAGUUCCUCCAAGCCA